UCAUGAUGAAGAAGAAGAAGUUUAAGUUUAAGGUGGACUUCGAGCUCGAGGAGCUCUCCUCGGUUCCAUUCGUCAACGGGGUCCUCUUCUGCAAGAUGCGGCUGCUGGACGGCGGCAGCUUCACCGCCGAGUCCCCCAGGGAGGUGGUGCAAGCAAACUGUGUUCACUGGAGGAAGAAGUUCUCAUUUAUGUGCAAAAUGAGCGCGAGUGCUACCACAGGCAUCCUAGAUCCUUGUAUCUACAGGGUAUCUGUGAGGAAGGAACUAAAAGGGGGAAAAGCAUAUGCCAAGCUGGGCUUUGCAGAUCUAAACCUAGCAGAGUUUGCAGGAUCAAGAAAUACUACUCGUCGCUGUUUACUGGAAGGCUACGAUACCAAAAAUACAAGACAGGAUAACUCCAUUCUUAAAGUUUUGAUCAGUAUGCAGCUAAUGUCGGGUGACCCAUGUUUUAAAACGCCUCCUUCAACAUCGAUGUCUAUACCAAUUGCUGGUGAAUCUGAAUCUCUGGAAGAAGAUAGAAAAGGUGGAGAAACUCUCAAAAUUCAUCUUGGAAUAGCAGAUCUUUCAGCAAAGAGUGCCUCAGUUCCAGAUGAACUUGGUGCCUGUGGACAUUCUAGAACAUCAAGCUAUGCAAGUCAGCAAUCAAAAGUAUCAGGGUACAGUACAUGCCACUCACGGUCAUCUAGUUUCUCUGAGCUCUGCCAUAGGAGAAAUACCUCAGAAGGAAGUACAUCAACAGGAAUUGAAAGCAUUCUAGAGCCAUGUGAUGAAAUUGAGCAAAAGAUAGCUGAGCCAAGUCUUGACACAACUGAUAAAGAAGAGACAGCUUCAGAAACAUUCAACAGAUGUCCCGUGAAACAAGAUUCUGUAGAAUCUCAGCUGAAGCGAGUUGAUGACACCAGAGUGGAUGCAGAUGAUAUUGUGGAGAAAAUAUUACAGAGCCAAGACUUCAGCCUAGAUUCCAGUGCGGAAGAAGAAGGACUGAGACUAUUUGUGGGCCCUGGGGGAAGUACUACCUUUGGCAGUCAUCAUCUUCCAAACAGGGCGGGGUCUGGAGCUUAUGAACAAGUUGUGAUCAAACGCUAGUGGUCAGCCUGAUGUACUGAAAGUUCCCUGGGGACUAAAGAUGUGGGCAGUCAAGCUGUCAAGGCACUUUAUUCAAGCACUUAUGAGAAAAUGAACCACGUUCAUCUACUAAAGGAAAGUGUCUACUACUCUCCUUUCUCCCCCACCCAAAUGAAUACAGCAGUUUCAAGGCAUUUUGCUGUUUUGUUCAGAGGUACAUGGCUUCUUUGGUCACUACUCAUGAUAAGAAAGGAAAAGCCAGCCUUUUCUUUCAAAAAGAGGUACUCAACAGAUUUGGGCUCUAGUUAUUUAGUACUAUGUUUCGAAACAAUAAGUAAAUAUAACUUAAAUCUAUAGAUUCCAUCAAGAUAAUUAUAAUUCUUAAGUAAUUCUUCCAUAGUAUACUACCUACAAUAUUGUACUAAAUUUAUUAACUCUGUUUGACAGCAGUAAUUGAUAUAGUGUGGGUGUUCAUACUUUGGGGAAAUGUUAUGUUACAGUUUAACCAUGUAAAAUGUUUGAUUAUUCCAAACCAAUUAGUUGUAAAUCUAAUAACAAGUAUAUUUAAGUCUGAGAUAUGUGAAUUUGUAUAAUGCCAUUAUUCUGCAAUGUGUAUCAUUAAUCGUUAACAUUAGAUGAACUGCAGAUCUCCCACUAGCACAAUAUAAGAUAUUCAAGAUAUAUUUAAUAUCCAGUAUGGUAGGUUACCAUGUGGGCUACUUUAAUUAACAGAAUAACAUCUGCUGGUUUCAGGAGCUAAAAUUUAGAAAAGGGGAGAAAUUUUCAUGUGAUCACAGAAUCUUUUCUCUGUAAACUUAAAAGUUAUCUAAAACAGAAAAUUAUUCCAAGAAGAUAAUGGUAACUAGCAACUGCUUGACAUGAGCGAUCUAGACCUGUGGUUUUCUGUUUUAAACCUUCAUGACUAGCUACUGUGCUUUCUUUACUAUAUCGUGCUAGUUGUCUUGAGACAAGAACAGAAUAUAAUGUACAUCAAAGACAGCUUUUAUAAUUAGAAUGUCUGAACUGGAUCCAGCUUAAUAACCCAGCAAAGAGACCUUAGAGAUUUUCUGGUCUCACAUGAUAGUUUCUGUGUACAAAGCUCUGUUUUCUUGAAAUUGCUCAGUCACUGAAAUAAGUAAAUUCUAUAAAACCAGUAAUUCCUAUUCCUCACUUUUGAAAUCAUGUCCAUAAAAUGUAAUAUGUUAGAAUAGAAUUACUUUGGUCAAGUAUUUUCAUGUUGGAAGAAUGACAAUAGAUUUUAAGAAGAUAUUAUUUUAAUGUCCAAAUUUAAAGAUUUAAAAAAAUAGUUCACAUUAGUAUUUCCAUUUAAUUUUUGAAUAAUUUAGUUUUCCAAGUUAAUUCAAUGCUACUUUUACUAAAAGAAUACAGUUUUUAUUAUUUUUUAUGCUCUCUCCCAACCCUCAUAGUUAAAUUUUUUAAAAACCUGACCAGUAUGUGACUGAUUGAAUUUAUCAUAUGUGUGAAAUCUUACUGUAUUCUUUUUUCUGUCUUUUCUUUCUUUAUUUUUUUGAUUUAUUUAUUGGGGAAUUAAUGUUUAGAAUACAGUUUUUAAAGAGAUGACACCCUUUUAUAAGAAUGAUUCCAGUGGCUAGAGGGCCAAGUCAUUACACUGUUUCAAGUAUUUGUUUUGAAGGAAACAAAAAUGACUUGAACGUGUUAAUCUAAAGCAUUGUCUGGAAUUGAGAAGACUUAAUAUCUGUUAAUAAAAUAAAGAAUUGAGGGGUUGGGGAGUAGCGUAGUGAGUUAAGUGCACGUGGAGGAGCAAAGCGCAAGGACCCGCGGAAGGACCCCUGUUCAAACCCCCUGCUCCCCCACCUGCAGGGAAGUUGCUUCACAGGCGGUGAAGCAGGUCUGCAGGUGUCUGUCCUUCUCUACCCCUCUCUGUCUUCCCCCUCCUCCUAUUUCUCUCUAUCCUAUCCAACAACAAUGACAUCAAUAACAAUAAUAAUAACCACAACAAUGGUAAAAACAACCAGGGUAACAAAGGGGGGAAAAAAUGGCCUCCAGGAGCAGUGGAUUCGUGGUACAGGCACCGAGCCCCAGCAAUAAUCCUGGAGGCAAAAAAAUUAAAUUAAAUUAAAUUAAAGAUAAAUGAAAGAAUUGGUCUAUUCAUUAACUAUUGUGGUGAAGACAUUUUAAUAGAAAAGUGAAAUUAUUAUAUCUAGAGAGGUUUAUUAUGAUGUCUUAAAAACAUAUUUUUCUAUUUUAAAAUAUUAUUUCUAGGCUCUUUUUUUAUUGGUGCUUCUACAAAUGAUUUUGGCAGUGUCUUAAAAUGAUAAUAAAAACAGGACUUAAGCAAGGUUUAAAGAAGACAUUCUCCAGAUAUGUGAAAGUUGCUAUAAUUGGAGCACUGUCCAUAUCUUGGCUGCUGAUAGCACAAUACCUUUAUAAGACUGGCUCCCAGUACUUAAAAUGAUAGUGAAAUAUUUUUUAAUAAAAAAAUGAAGAGAUUAUGAAAAGAAUAUAAAGUAUGCUUUUAUAGGGUUAGCAGCCACCAAAUACAUACUGUAAUAGUAAAUAUAACAAACCUUAAAAUAAAUAGAACCAUUGAUUGGAGAGAAAAACAGGUAGCAGUGUCCUCUGAAGUCAGUGAAAGUCUGUUUUCAUUCUUUCUGCUUUGUAUCUCAUCAGCAUACGUUGCUAUCAAAUUUCAUUACAGUUCUUUGAAAACACUUGUUAAUGGCUGUCCAAGUGUCUGCCUUCUUUUCUACCAUUUCUUAGAGCAUGUACUAUUAAUAUCUUUACCAUAGAGCUACUGAAAAAGAAAGUGUUUAUUAAAUACCAAGUCCAGUCAUGACAGUUUGAGUUUAGAAAAUUAAACUUGAAAAAAUUAAACCUUAGUAAAUUGAUUCUUAAAGUCAGAUUUUCGGUCAUCCAGUCUUGAACUUACAGAUGUAUAUAGCAUUUUCUUUUUCUUAUUCUUAUUCUAUCCUAGAGAAAAAAAAAACUAAUGGUAUUCAAAACAAAAACUAUUUGUGAUAGGAGAUAUAUAUAUAUAUAUAUAUA